CUCUGCUGCCAGUAUUGCUAGAUAGCCUUGAGUAUUGCCAAAAUUGUAUGUAUUGGGAUGCGUGUCCUUGCCUACAUGUUUUUCGCUGAGAUAACUGCUGCUGUUGAAGACUUCUAAGCUGCCGCUCAUCCCAAUUUAUUCUGAGGUCCACCAUCACUUCAUCACCAUGGUGUGUGAGAAGUGCCAAAAGAAGCUGGGCAAAGUGAUCACGCCGGACCCGUGGAAGUCGGGCGCGCGCAACACCACCGAGGGAGGCGGCCGCAAGGUGGGCGAGAAUAAGGCGCUCACUGCCGGCAAGAACCGCUUCAACCCGUACUCGAGCACGUUCGCUCAGUGCCGCAUCUGUCGCACCAAGGUGCACCAGGUGGGCUCCCACUACUGCCAAGCGUGCGCCUACAAGAAGGGCAUCUGCGCCAUGUGCGGCAAGAAGUUGCUCGAUACCAAGAACUAUAAGCAGAGCUCAGUGUGAGAAGCGUACCACGCUGUGCUGAGGGGGACCUCGACGGGUGAGCCGCGAGGCCGGGGACACGUGGCCACCCCAGCGAGGCGAGCAGCAGGUCUCAAGCUGUGUGCUGCCUGCUGUAGCAUGGCGGCGCGGCGCGGCGCGGAUCGCGCCUGGUGGUACGUGAGGGCCCCGGCAGAAUGAGGUGGGCGACGUUCUGGACGCCGAUGGUGGCAUGUGGUCUGAAGCGUGUCUGUGCCAGAAGCGGGUGGUUUGGAGCGUCGUUACGACGCUGGCAGGACGGAGAGUGACGUCCGAAGUGGGACGAUCUCUUACGCUGUUGAACUUAUGGAGCGUGGCUCGGCCGGCCCAGGUACGUUAAGAUGCGGCCAAGACCGUGGGCCGCGGGUUAGCGUGGCUUUGUGUGUUGUACUGCGACGUGUUACACAAGUGGCGGUGUCAGUCAGCUCAAGAGGAUCGAGCACUCGGCAGAACGUUGUGCAACAGCCGUGUUAUGCUCACUGGCUGAGAGCGCUGGUGUCUGUGACGAGGCGUGUCUCUGUGGUGGCUUUAAUGGCGAUGUAGUAUGGACAACCACUGUUUGAUAAUGAGCACCAGUCUGGGUGUGUGCCAGAUGCGGUUCUGCGCACUGCUUCGUCAUUGAAUGCGACACUGAGCUAUAGUCAUCAUGUGUGCUGAACUUUUCAGCUGCCGGUAAAGGUGGUGUCAUUUCAUCCGAAUCUGUAGAACAUGGCGCGGACUGUCCUCGGAGUUGUGACACCAGAAACACAGAAGAAGCGUGUGGCUGGAUAGCACAUGGUAUAUGGAAUUGCUCCGCCCAUCAUGUCAUCAUCACCCCGACCAAAUUAAUCCUUUUCCAUUGUCUCGUGAAAUACAUGGUUAUUAUUAAA